UGCAUUUCACGUGUGUGUGAGCUGACGAUGGGGAAGAGAAGGAAGCAGAAGGAGGAUGUCAGCACAUUGACCAAGAAGCAGAAGAAGCAUCUGAAGGAAUUUGGGGAGCAGCAUCCAUUCUAUGACAAAGUGUCACAGAAAGCAGAGAGGACUCAGGUUGUCCAGCUGCUUGAUAGCUCAGGGGAUGAGUCGCAUGAGAGUGAGGCUGAGAGCGAGCCAGAGAAUGUCAGUGUGUACCAUCAGCUGCUGGCCACAUUAAAGCAUGUCUCUGAUGAUGAUGAAGAGGAGGAUGAUGAUGAUGAUGAAGUAGUUGAAGAGCAUGAUGAUGAAGGUAAUGAAGAAACAGAAGGGCAAAGUGGAGCAGAGGAGGAAGCAGAGGUCUCUGAAGAAGAGGAUGAGGACAGUGGGAAAGAGGAUGAAGCCGCAGCAGAGAAAUUGUCCAGGGAGGAGGCAGAGGGAGAAAAGGAAGAUGACAAUGAAGGUGACAAAGAACUGGAAGAUCCACCCCAAGAAGAAGGGGAUUUUACAGAUACCAAACAUGAAUCUGCAUUUAGUUUGGAGACAAAUUUUAUAGACCAUGACAUGGAAGAUCUCAAGGACAGACCUCCGUCGCCGUCAGCUGUUACCUCUUCAGAUCCUUUUAUAAAGCAUAUUGAUCGGGAGCUGGAGGAGGAUGACAUCACUCAGAUUUCAACCAGCUCUAAAACAUCAUUGUCUUUCAAGUGGUCAACCUUGGGGCAGUUCACAUUCACAUCUACAUACAAGAAAGCUCCUCCUUUAAAACUAGUCAAGGAAAAUGACCUUGAUAAGCUUCAUCUACGUAAGCCUUUGGAUUCCACCUGGCCUAAAGUGAACCGUUUGUAUUUAACAAACCAGACUGAAAAGAACUUCACUUCCUUACAAAGAGAACUUUUUACAGUUCUGAAUUCCUACAAGGAUUUGUAUUACCCAUCCAGGCCGGCUACAGCCCAAGGAGAAGAGAUUAGGCAUGUGUACUGUCUCCAUGCCCUGAAUCAUGUGCUAAAAGCAAACUCCCAGGUCCUCGGCAACAACGCUAAAAAGAGAGAUCAGAAGAGCGCACAUGAUGAAGAGGACCUCCGAGACCAGGGCCUGACUCGACCUAAGGUCCUUAUUGUUGUUCCAUUUCGUGAGUCUGCCCUGCGAGUGGUCCAGAUUCUAAUCAGCCUCAUGGAAGCCCCUGGUAGGAAGGUCGAUGUUAGCAACAAGAAGAGGUUCAAAGAUGAGUUUGGCUGUGAACCUGAAGACCGGCCUCCGAACCUGAAGCGGCCGGAGGAUUAUGAAGCAGUGUUUGCUGGGAAUAUCGAUGAUCAUUUCAGGAUGGGAGUGGCCAUUCUGCAGAAGAGCAUGAGACUUUACUCUCCGUUCUACUCCUCGGACAUCAUUAUUGCUUCCCCUCUUGGUGUCCGUACCAUCAUCGGUAGUGAGGGAGAGAAAAAACGGGAUUUUGAUUUCCUGUCUUCUAUAGAGAUUCUCAUCAUUGAUCAAGCAGAUAUUUACCUGAUGCAGAACUGGGAACAUGUCUUGCACAUGAUGUCUCACCUCAACCUCCAACCAACAGACUCUCAUGGGGUGGACUUCUCCCGCGUUCGAAUGUGGAGCCUCAGUAACUGGUCCAAAUACUAUCGGCAGACACUGCUGUUUAGCUCUCUGCAGGAGCCCCAGAUAAACUCUAUAUUUAAUAAGCACUGCUUCAAUUACAGUGGGCAGGUGGCUGUGAAAAACAUCCCUCAGGCAGGUUCUAUAUGUCAAGUGUUGGUCCAGCUGCCGCAUGUGUUUCAACGAUUGGGGGCCGACAGCUUGCUUUCUGUGAUAGAUGCAAGAUUUAAUUUCUUCACUGACAAGAUCCUGCCGCAGUACCGAGAUGCCAUCAUGUCGCAUACACUGAUCUAUGUUCCAUCCUACUUUGACUACGUGCGUCUUCGUAAUUACUUUAACAAGGAAGAACUCAGCUUCGCUCAUAUCUGUGAAUAUACUGAUAAACCUGGGGUUUCUAGAGCACGGCAGCACUUUCUGAAAGGAGAAAGACAGUUCCUCCUCGUCACCGAAAGAUUCCACUUCUAUAAGAGAUACACAUUGAAGGGCACCAGGAACCUAAUAUUUUAUGAACUUCCCACCUACCCGCACUUCUACAGCGAGGUGUGUAACAUGAUGAAGGCCUGGAAGCAGGGUGAAGAAGCCACGUGGACUUGUACAGUUCUGUAUUCUAAGUACGAUGCUCAGAGACUGGCUGCCGUUGUGGGAGCAGAGAGAGCAGCGCAGAUGUUACAGUCAAAGAAGAGCGUGCAUCUGUUUGUUACCGGAGAAAACAACUAACCCGGAAACAGGGAAAGUCUUUCAGCCAGAACUCAGCUUCAUUGUGUACAGAAUAACUAUUGGUUACAGA